AUGAUAUCCGAUUUGACUGGUCUAGACGUGGCGAAUGCUUCGCUAUUGGACGAAUCUAGUGCUUGUGCCGAAGCAAUGACAUUGUCGUGCAGAGCUACGAAGAGAAAUGUUGUACUAUACGAUCCACAUCUGCAUCCACAGAACAUUGCUGUGCUACAGACGAGGGCAAAGUAAGGAUAAGGGUCGGGUGGGGUAGGGUAGGGUAGGGUAGGGUAGGGUAGGGUAGAGUAAGAUAAGGUAAUGUAUUGUAGGGUACGGUAGCGUAGGGUACUGUAGAGUACUGUAUUGUAUAUCAAAGUAUGGUUAAUACUCCUCAAUUUCUACCCAAUUUCAGACCAAUAGACAUCAAACUAGAACCUUUGGAUGUAGAGAACGUCAAUAUCACCCGAGACAUAGCUGGUAUCAUCAUACAGUAUCCGAAUACAGAAGGCUUGAUUUAUGAAAAUAUCGAAUCAAUAGUGGAAUUGGCACAUGAAAGUGGGGUAAGUUGAUUAAAAUUGCAAAAACUUUCUUUACAAACAAAAAAUGGCAAGAACUUUCUUUACAAAACAAAAAAUGGCACGAACUUUGUUUACAAAACAAAAAAUCUAUAAUUUGUUACUUAAAAUACUAAAAAAAACCUUGUUUUGAUCUAAUUUGUUACCUAAAAUACGAAAAAAUUCAAUUUUCAGGCCUUAGUUACCAUGGCAUGCGACCCCUUAUCGCUAUGUCUCCUGAGAUCUCCUGGUGAUCUAAAAGCUGACAUAGUCGUCGGCAAUGCCCAACGAUUUGGAAUUCCCUUAGGCUAUGGCGGUCCACAUGUAGCAUUCAUGUCUGUGGCCAAAACUGACAACAGAAAUUUAUUGGCCAGACUCAUGCCUGGUCGACUGGUUGGUAUUAGUAGGUAAGGGUGUUUAGUAUGAUGCUGACAAGGGAGGUAACUUAAAUCGCCCCUCGACUUUGGGACGAGACCUAUAUAUUCUGAAAGCCAUGUAAUCACUGAGUAUGGAUCUGAAAACUGUUUUUCCGUAUGGGGCUUAGUUUUCGAGAAAAUCGACUUUAAAUUUUGACCGAAUCCCCAAAAGGAAAGCGCGCGAGAGUCUAUCGGAAAUAACAAAAAGAAACCAAGUGGCGGCGUGGCCCAGAGGGUAAAGUGUUUGGUUUCCAAUUCAAACCACGUGGGUUCGAUUUUGGAGCCUCUAAAUCGUUUUUUAACAAAAAUUUUAAUAUACAAAAUUUAUGUAAUUUUUUUAGUUUUAAAAAAUAAACAUUAUGCAAAAUAAGCAAAACUCAUGCUUUUUAUUCAUUGCGCAGAGGUGAGAAACGGCCGAGAUUUGGGCCCUCUCGGGCCUGAGCAAGCCCGUUUUUUGAAAAAAAUUUCCCCGCGCUUUUUUUCUACCGGUCGAAUUGAUCUGAAACUUUUCCUACCCCUAUGUUUAGAAUGGUCCUGACUACUAUAAAUUAUCUUAAAAUUUUGAUAUCUCUUAUCGCUUUUGAGAUACGGGCUUGGCGGGAAAAAAAUAUUCAAAAAACGGGCCCGAUCGGGCCCGAGGCCCGGCCUCUUUCUCACCUCUACUUACACAUACCCCUAAUCAUCAUUCUUUUGCUAUCAAUCCUACUAUUCACCCUACCGUACCUCUUUUACAUUUCUUGCCUAUAUUUAUGCCUCCCGUUUACUUAAUUCGACGCUACCUCUCCUAUUAUACGUUUAAUUUUUAAAAUUUCAGAGUGUUUCAGUAACCAACUGUGUCAAAUUCUUUGGCUACUCGUAAGUUUUUUCUUUUUGUUUAGCCCUAGUUCUAGCCUUAGCCCUAGUUUUAGCCCUUGCCUUAGCCCUAGCCUUAACCCUAGCAUUAGCCUUAGCUAUAGCCUUACCCAUGUUAGUUUUACUCUAUUUUAAAUGCUAUUUUAUUUAUUUUAGACAACCGUGAUGAACUUCUUAAUUUUGAUAUUUGUUUUACUGUUCUUAGGAGUCUGUACAACACAAUUAAGUCCUAUAAAGGACGGUAAGUACUUUAAACUGUUUACUUCAAGUAAUGAUGGAAACAUUUCAAUGGCUAAAGACAUAUUUCUGCACUGAAAACAUGUUUUUGUUACCUAAAUUCACAUAAGGUUAAUAUUUUUGAAAGAAGUGAAUAUACUUAAAAAAUAUAAUGUUUUACAAAAUAUAUGCUUUAUUAACCUAAUUUAAACCCUUUGUUACCUAAAAUAGAGAAAUAAUAAGUUUAAUGCCUAAAAUAAAUUUUGUAAAACCAAUAUUGGCGCGGCCUUAUGAAAACGAAAUGUCACAUUUUUGUCUUUUAUUUUUUCUCUUGCGUUCGGGUGCAGUGCAGGGUGUUCCAAGAAAUUUGGUCGCUAGAAAUAAUUCUUAACUUUGCAACAAUGCAUCCUAAAAAUGCCAAAUUUGGCACAGUUGUAGAACAGACUUGUACAUUUUUUUGAGUUUCAAGAGUGCAAAAAUUUUGAGUUUUAAAAGUGCAAAUUACGGUCAUUGGAAUUUUUAAAAAUUAGCAUUUUACACCGAAAUUACACAUAUUUUUGGUUGUAAAUGAACAGUUUUCGCCGACUCUUGACGUUUUUUAUGUUUUUUGAAAAACCGUGUUUUCUGUGUCUGCGAAGACUCGACGGAAGAUCGGCGGAGAUAACCGAGUAUUGGCGAAGGCUAUAACUUGGUUCAAAUUUGUCGUACCGACAUGAAACAAAAACUACUAACUUUCAAAUUUAACGGACUCUGUUUUUUUAAAAAUAUGUGUAAUUUCGGUGUAAAAUGCUAAUUUUUGAAAAUUCACAAUGACCGUAAUUUGCACAUUUAAAACUCAAAAUUUUCCAUGAAAAACGUUCAAGUCUGUUCUACAACUGUGCCAAAUUUGGCAUUUUUAGGAUGCAUAGGUGCAAAGUCAUGAAUUAUUUCUCGCGACCAAAUUUUUUGGAACCCUGUAUUUUUUUUUGAAUUUCAAUAAAUACACGAUUUUAUGCUAACAGAAUUAUUGGGUAACACUAUAGUAUUUCAAAAGUUUUCUUACAGCAGGGUACACUUUUGAUAGCAAAUUGUAAGGCAAUUUAAAAAUCGUUUGCUGUAGCGUGUUUUUUAUACAUAUUCGGUGUUUUUUUAUUUAAACUGUGCAAUUUUUUAAAGGCUUAAAAAAUUAUCUAUAAUGAGGGUUUCUAUGUUGUAAGCGGAGUGCUAUUAGCGAAGGUUCACUAUAUACUAUUAGAAGUUAAAAGUACAGCUAAAAAAAAUAAAAAAAAACAAUUUACAUGUAUUAAUCAACAAAAAAAUGCAAUGAACCCACGUUUCGAAAGCUGCCUACAAUCAAAAAUUCUUGGUGAUACCGUAACUAUCUUUUCAAAAAACUAUCAGCUUAUUUUAUCACCGCUAUCUUAAUCUUAGUCUUUUAAGCCGAUGCAUUAGUAGAAGAAUUUUAUGAAAAGGCGGAAAAAAUCGUUGAAAGUACCGUCGAUCUAACCGAAAAGUUAAAAUUCAUCAAAGAAAGCACAGCGAGUUUCCUCAAACUGGCGUUUCCUGUUGGAGCCCUCGUGGCUGCUUCAUUAGAUAUUGCUAGCCAAGUAAGUUUCUUUUUUAUAUUUUAUAAUAACAAAAGAAUGUUACAAACGAUCUCGGUUUUUUAAAUUAGGAACAAUACUGUCCGCAGAAAAUAUUGAUUACCCCACUAACGUGGAAAUGAGUAAACCGAUUUGGACCAAAUUUUUUAUAUGAUUUAUUAACAACCUUGUAACAACAAACACAUAACCCAAACUAGCUGGAUUAUCAUAAACAACUACUUAAAUAACAUUUACUAAAAAUGGGUCAAGAAAGAGAGAAGAAAUUACUGACCACCCCCUAAAAUACAAUUUAGCUGCCGAAUGCGCUCCUGAAGCAAGUUAUGGACGUUUAA